GGAGCCCAAAAAAAAAAAAAAAACUUUUCCUUUUCGUACAAAUUUAUUUCGUGUUUUAGUUUGUAUAGAUUUUCUCGGAAAAUAUCGAUUUUCACGGGAAAAUCCCUAAGGGCUGCUACUCUAAAUUCUCUUGUACGCGAGCAUUCAUGCGUGCAAGCAUAUCUAAAUUUCAAUGAUUUUCCUGUCUGUUUUUCGAUUACUCUGACUGAUUCUGACCACUGAUGGCUCUUUAUUCAGAAUUUUCAAAGCACUUGUGCAUAUCGGAAUUGGGUGCUAGAUAUUGUUCCAUGCAGUGCGCAAUGUUAAUAAGGAAUUAUUGCACAGGCAGGAAGGCUAGCUUUCUACGUUGAAAUACCAUAUAUUGUGGGAAAGAACGGUUUUGGUGUAGAAAAUAGGAGGAUAGAGUAAGAAAAAGGCACACUAAAAGCAUUUUUGUAGUGAUUGAGUCAGCUGCUGUGUUGAAAUCUUUGAUUAAGGAAAAGGGAAUUCAUUAAGCACAAAACAUUUGAUUUAUUGAUACUGAAAGUGGAAUUGUAUAAUAGAUUAACUGAAUGGGAUGGAGGAAUGUUUUUUACUGCUUCUCUUUCCUUUUUGCUCUGGUUGAGUCCACAAGCAGAUCAGGGAAAAUGUGGUCAACUAAUAUGGAUGCAGAAUCUGGAGUGGUCUUCAGCUGGCCGAUCUUCAGUGCAAGCAUAUUUGUAGUUGUUGCUCUUGCGCUCUCCAUGUAUCUUAUCUUCGAGCAUUUAGCUGCAUAUAAUCAGCCAGAGGAGCAAAAGUUUAUGAUUGGUCUCAUUCUGAUGGUUCCUGUUUAUGCACUGGAAUCGUUUUUGUCACUGUUGGACUCAAAUGCUGCCUUUAACUGCGAAAUAAUCCGGGACUGUUAUGAGGCUUUUGCGUUAUAUUGCUUUGAGAGAUACUUGAUAGCCUGCUUAGGUGGUGAAGAGAGUACGAUAGCAUUUAUGGAAAGUCAGAGUGUAGCUGAUCCCAAAACACCUCUUUUGAAUGAAGCAUAUGCUUAUGGAGUUGUGGAACAUCCAUUCCCACUAAAUUGCUGCCUGGGAGAUUGGUAUCUUGGCCCCAACUUCUAUCAUGCUGUGAAAAUUGGCAUUGUUCAAUAUAUGAUACUCAAGAUAAUAUGUGCAUUGAUAGCAAUAAUUCUUGAAACUUUUGGAGUCUAUGGGGAAGGUAGAUUUGAGUGGAGAUAUGGUUAUCCAUAUUUGGCAGUUGUUCUUAAUUUCAGUCAGACAUGGGCCUUGUAUUGUCUGGUUCAAUUCUAUACUGUCACCAAAGAGAAAUUAGAACCCAUUAAACCCUUGGCAAAAUUUCUGGUGUUCAAGUCAAUUGUAUUCUUGACAUGGUGGCAAGGUGUUGCUAUUGGUUUUCUUUUCUCAAUGGGAUUCCUUAAGGGGUCUUUGGCUCUGGAGCUGAAAACUCGUAUACAAGACUACAUCAUAUGCAUAGAGAUGGGUGUUGCUGCUGUGGCUCACCUUUACACCUUCCCAGCUGCACCUUACAAACGUGGAGAAAGAUGUGUUCGCAAUGUAUCUGUGAUGACUAACUAUGCAUCAUUGGGAGCACCUCCUGAUCCAGAGGAGGUCCGUGAUUGCGAAAGAACUACUAGAAUACGUCUGGCUCGGCAUGACGAAAGGGAAAAGCGCCUGAACUUCCCCCAAAGUGUUCGUGAUGUGGUAGUUGGAAGUGGUGAAAUUAUUGUUGAUGACAUGAAAUAUACAGUUUCACAUGUGGUAGAACCAGUUGAAAGGGGAAUUGCGAAAAUAAAUAAGACUUUCCAUCAGAUAUCUGAAAACGUGAAACGGCACGAGGAGGAGCGGCGAAGAAACUCAAAGGAUGAUAGCUACCUGAUACCUUUAAAAACAAGGACAAGAGAAUUUUCUGAAGUUCAUGAUAAUCUUGUUGAGGGGAGUUUUAGUGACAGUGGUUUAUCAUCAAAUGUUGGGAAGAGACAGACCCAAUCUAAAGCCUCUGCAUCAUCAAGGGUUAGAACAGGAAGAUAAUAUUUACUGCUCUAAAGUAACAUAAAAAUAGACAAAGGAGGUAAUUGUUAAAAAUUGGCCUCAUUACUGGGCGUGAUUUUUGGAGGGCGUCUACAUACCGAGUGUGACACACAAACUUUACUCACUAGGAAGUAACAAUUCUUAGAUUUUUAUAAUACUAAUUUCAAAUAAUUAUUUA